GCUGAAAACAACCUAACGAUCGAAACAGUAAAACACAUUGCUGUUAACCUCCAGGCACAAAUCGCCCAGUUCGGCAAUAUGAUGGAAAAACUAGGAGCAAUUGAAAAUAAAGAUGUGCAAAAGUACACGUGUGUAUUCUCUGACUCCCACCACAAACAUGGGGCCAAAAAACAAAUGUUAAAAGCCAAACGGCUAGCAACUAAUAAGCGCAAAGAGCACAGAAAGGUCAGACGCCAGAAACGUUCAACUAUCACAAUAGAGGCGAACAAAAAACACAUAAAAAACCUCUCAAACAAAGAACUUACAAAUGAC